UCCGACAGGCGUCUCUCUUCGGCGGAGGGAUUCCUCGGGGUAGAUCCAUUGGUGAUGGAAAGUAAUUCUGGCGGGCAAGUUCGAGCUACAAGCGACUGCGCAUGCGUGCGGCUCCUGAAUGGCUGACCGUCUUUGAGGCGGCGAAGCUCGGAUGGCUUCCCGGCAGCAGCAGGAGGAGAUUCUCCGCUUCCACAGCUUCCUCCUGCAAGUAUAUAAGGAAGGAAAGCAGAAUAAUAGAACCGGUCCUUCUACUUUUGAGACUGACCUGCAAGUCCAUUUGAUCAAUGAAGGCCAUACAAAUCCCUUAGAAAAGCUUUGGGACCAAAAUGGAGGGUUUUUUAUUGUAGAGAAAAUGAGAUUGUAUGAAGAAACCAGCAGACUGGAAGAAUGGCAGAAUGGUGAGCCUUCAGUUUCUGAGGCUUUCCCAAAAGAGAAUUUAUCAGCAUCUCCUCUGGCCCUUUCAAGAGCAAGGCAGUUGAUUUCUUUCUACACAAUGUCUCAAAAUCCAAACAUGAAACAUUUACAAAUAAACCAUGCAGCACAACUUCCUCCUCUCUGGAUACGAUGUGAACCUUCUGACCCAAAACAGACUAUUUGGCUUGGAGCAGAAUCUUUGAGGAAUGGAAAUAACCUUUCGGGAAUCAGGCUUCACACUGUUACUUGCAAUGGACCCCUGUCAAAUAAUAAUUAUUCUAUUGGCUUGGAAGAAUUGAAAGAAAGUCAUAGAAUGAGACAUCAUGCUUCAGAUCUGACAGUAACAGGCUUUGCCCGUUACGGAUUUCUUGAAUCCACUUCACUGGACUCCUUGACUCAGGAGGAUUCCCUUAUUCCAUUGGAGAGAAAUAUAUAUGCAGAUUUUGCUUGGGAGGGUGUGAAAAUGAAGCUGCAAACACCUCCCCUCUCAUCUGCUGCUCUGCUGACAGUUCAGAUAGCCUCUGGGAGCCCCUUGAGUUCUGUAUAUGAGCCAAACAGAGAAUUGCAGUUUCUUUUGAGUUUGGCUGAAAUCUUGAAGAAUGGGCUAAUAAAAUGGCCAAAAGCCCCAGGAAGAAAAUCUGCUGUUGAAUUAGUACAGAAACUUUUGAAAGAUUUAAAAGAUGAAGUAGAUGGACUGAAGUCACAAAAUGACGAUGAUACUGAGGAUAACACUGCUGCAGUCAUUGGUUCCAUGAAAACACUUUUUAGUCAGCGUGGAGAUCUUGAUUUCCUUGAGCUGCUGUGGUGUAAUAUAUGGAGAAACGUGGCUACGCAUGAGGAACUGGUGAAGUGUUUUUCAUUGGUAAUAAGAGCCCUCCAGCAUGGAGCAUUGCAGACAUGGAUUCAUCAAGAAAGUAACAGCUUACUGAGCAAAUUGAUCAAGCAAUCUUACCAUGGAAAGAUGGAAACAGUUUCUCUUGAUGGAGAUUCUCCCAUGCAAAUGCUUCUAGAAAUAGGCUUGGAUAAAAUGAAGAGAGACUAUAUCAGCUAUUUUGUGGGCAAAGAACUUGCCAUGCGCGCUCACUUGGAUUACUUCAUGUCCACUUCAGUAGAUCUUCAGGAACAGGUUCAUCGUAUUCAGAAACUACAUCACGUAUUGGAAAUUGUGGACAACUGCUUGGAUCUUAUUAAACUAGAACAUGAGAACCUCAUCUUUCUGACACAGUCUUGUAUCAAUUACUAUAAAGAAAACCCUCUGAAUGAAAAGCAGGCAUUUCAGCUACCAGUCAGGACAAGUUUGGUAAAGGAAUUUUACCAAAAUGUUCAUCCUCAAAUAUGGAGAGUGGAAAUCAGCAGCGGUCAAGGACCAAAAAGGGUGAAAACAAUGUGGCAGCUGAGCAGCACCCCUCCAGCUGAGCAUAUGCACCCAACCAAUGGAGAUUCACUGGAUGACACCGAGAUCUGUGGCAACAAAGAGAAGCAUUUUGUCAUUCUUUCUGGGUGCUCUCAGGUGGAGUUCAUCUAAACAUAGGCAAAUUGUGAUUCUUUUAUUCACCCAGAAAGAGUUUCAUUGUGCUUGCUGCAUGCGUUGAACUUCUCUAGCCGAGGACAGGUUGAAGGCAAAAGUGCAUUUUAGUGGAGAGCAGAAUCUUGAGCUGGAGGAUCACGUCUUCUGUUAAUAUGAUGUAGUAGCUGCAGCAAACGUCCCAGUCCUGUGCCAUCCAGGAGCUUGUACUGGCUAUGCUGCGUAUUAUUUCUGACCAAUGAAUGCUUUGUCCACGCUGGCAUGGGAUGCAAGAGGUUGUCCUUCUCUGGAGGGAAGCCAUCAGAACUGUUUUUAUCCGUAGUAUAUCAGAAUGGGGGAAGCCAGGGAGCAUCUGUAAGGAAGUAGGAAUAGAUUAAAAGAUGAUCAUGAGCUGGCUGUAAAAAUGAAUUAAUCAGGCAUACCUAAUUUCCAAAAAUCUCAGUCUGCAAACUUGGAAACUUUAAGACUUCUCCAUGCUGGCUGGGGAAUUCUGGGAGUUGAAGCCCACAAAUUGCCAAAUUUGGAGACCCCUGAUUACUAGCUUCUAAUCCAGUACCUUUGAAAGGCCUUCUUAAUAAAUGGCCCAGAAAAAGGUGAGCCUCCAGCCAAAUUACUCAGUUAUUCCUGCCAAUUAUUCAGUUCAAAAUUCAGACUGAUGGAGUUCUACAAAUUUGUGGAACUUCGCAACAUAGAAAUUUCAGAAGCCUAAAUUGGAAUGCAGACCUCUUUAUCCCUUCUCUUGAGAAAGGGAAUUUGAAAGACACGAUACCAACAGUUCCAAUGCCCUCAAACUAACUAACUUUGUUGUAGGCUGAAGAAUUGGGUUAGGAUGAAGCUUUCAGCUCUGCUGUUGGCUUCUUUUUAGUUAUUACUUUUUAAUAUUUCAGAAAGGUCAUUUAUAUACGUCUUUGCUGACCUCGAGAAUAAUUUUGGGCUGCAUAAGACAAGAUAGAGAUCCGCCAAAGAAAGGUUGAUGGUCAUACAAAGUCCUAGUUCAGAAAAAGAACUUAUAGAUUUCUUUCUCUAAUUCUAUCAUUGGGGAGUGCUCUUCCACUCGUCCCUCCUUUGUCUAGUUGUUGAAUUCCAUGUAGACCAGCAUAUUAGCAUAAAAUAAAUAUAAGGUCUAUGUAAACCAGGGGUUUUCAACCUUAGCAAUUCUAAGAUGUGUAGACUACAGAUCCCAGAAUUCCCCAGCCAGCCAUACUUUUGUGCACAUUGAAUUGCCAAGAUUGAGAAGCACAGGUAUAAACUCUUGGAAUUGAAUUAAUGGAUCCAAUAUUGAUUGAAAAGCUGAUUUGAGUUGGCUAGCCAUGAGAUGCCUGGUGAAGGAAAGGUGGCCACCCCUGUAAAGGAGGGUAUUUUGGGAGUGGUGUCUUCAAUUGUUUCAAUGGGUCUUAUUGAUUAUUAGUGCUUUGAAGAAGCAGUCUGAUUUUAUUUCAUCUAAUAGGAAACGAUUUAUUCUUUCUGCACUCUAAGAUAUUCUUAACCAUUUUCUGCAACACUACAUUUAGAAGCCUUGACUUUUUUGAAUUCCCCAUUCCUGAUGGUGAGGUUAUGCAAAAGGUUCUGUGCACAGAACAGGCAGUCUGGACCCAAAGUGGACAUGCCUCUAGGUUGAGAAGAAAGGAGAACGUCAAUUGAGGCAAUAGUAUGGAGAACAGGUCAAGGAAAGAAGAGCAGGUAGAUCAAAAUUUUCAGCAAAAUGUCACAUAGGCAAACUAUAUAUGCAAGUUGCAACUUGAACUUUGGACCAAAAUGUGUGUGCUAGGCUGAAGGUUUUAGGGUGGGAGGGAGAGGGGCAAGAAAGUCAAGGACACAAGCAGUGAUGGUCACUAAGGAGAGGAGGGGAAGAUUAAUGAGCAGACUGGUCUACAGGCCAGAGAAGAGCUGAAUGAUGGAAAGCCCACCAUCUUUGACCAAGAAACCUUCCAGAUUUUUGUUUGAGCCAAAUCCUGGGGCCAAGAAAAUGUUCCAUGUUCUGAUUCUAUCGAGCUGCAGGAAUAUGAUUUUGGUGGCAUUCCUUAGACCCCGUGCCUUUGAAUUUGGUAGGAAACUACAUUUUUGUGCACAGCCAUAAUGGUGAAGUUGGUUUUUAAUAGCUUUGGAAUUGUUGGGAAUUUUAGUACUGCCUCAUUGAAAUGUAUUUUAUGAGCCACCAAGGAUUGGGUGGCGUAUAUAUUUGCUAAAUAAACAUAUAUAGCUUCUCUCUU